AUGGAGACCAAGGCCAUCGUCAAGCAGCGGCUGUCCUUCGGGGCCAAGCUGGACAUGCUGCCCGCGCUGGCGUCCAUCGUCACCGUCGGCGUCUUGUCCGUGCUCUCUGGCUUCAUUCGCAGCUCCAAAGACGCGCCGAGCCUGUAUCUUCACAUUGCCUACGCUGUCUUGCGCCGGGCCACGAAGCGCCUCUCGGUGCUGCAGCUACAAUGGAUCUCGCCGCCCACGGACAAGAUGUACGAGCAGUACGCGCGCUCCGCUCGCGUGACGCCCCAGACCGUCGACCUGGGCUGCCACGGCGCAAAGGGCCACUGGAUCGGCAACAAGAACGCCAAGCACGUCCUCGUCUGGUACCACGGCGGCGGCUUCUGCCUGCCCGCCAACGCCGGCUACUUCAAGUUCUGGGCCGACGUCGUCGCCUCGUCGCGCGCUGCGGGCAAGGACGUCGCCGUCUUUGCGCUCACCUAUACCCUCGCGCCGCACGCGCGGUACCCGACGCAGCUCACGCAGGCUGUCGAGGCGCUGCGCUACGUCCUCGACCAGAAGCGCCAUCGCCCGUCACAAAUCUUCCUGGGCGGCGACUCGGCGGGCGGGAACCUGGCUGUCGGCGUCUUGUCGCACCUCGCGCACCCGCACCCGGCCAUCAAGGAGCUCAAGCUGGAGGAGCCGCUCGCCGGCACGGCCGUCAUUGCGCCGUGGACGUCGCUCGAUGAAAACCACAGCCAGGAAAAGGUGUACUCGGGAGGUGACCUGAUUACGCCGUUUGUCGGCAAGCCCUGGUCGCGACACUACCUCAACGGCACGGCGAGAGACUACUACACGGAUGCGUCGCUUGCACCGUCCAGCUGGUUCGAAACGUAUCCCGUAAAGCAGAUUCUCGUCUUGGGCGGCGGCAACGAGGUGUUGCUGCCGAUCAUUGAGGACUUUGUCGAAAAGCUGAAGGCCGGUUUUCCCUCCGUCGAGUUCUUCAUCGGCAAGCGGGAGGCCCAUGUCGCCCCUGUGUACAACCUCUACGUCGGAGACUCCACCGAGACGCAACAGGGCAAGAAGCUCAAGGCGUGGUUGCGGGAUCUUUUGUAG